AUGCUGACCCGGGUUAAAUCAGCUGUAGUGGGGAUGGUGGGAGGUUUCAUGUCCGGCUCGGGCAGUGUUAGGGAGCGGGGUAACGGAGCGGAUUUACCGCUUAAAUUCCCCUACAUGCGCCCCGAGUUCCUCUCCCUGUCUGCGGAUGAAGUGGAGUGUUCUGCAGAUCAUGUAUCCAGACCCAUCGUCAUUCUCAAAGAGACCAAGAGACUGCCAUGGUCCACUGGUUACGCUGAGGUGAUAAAUGCAGGGAAGACUGCAGUGAAUGAGGAUCAGGCCUGUUGUGAAGUGUUGGUGAUAAAAAAGAAUCCUGGUGGAUCCUCCACACCCAGCAAAUCACUGAGGAGAAGAUCCUCACUGCCCAAUGGAGAGAACAAUAGUCAAACAGAGAGUUCGGAGCUUGACGAGCUGAUCCUCCACUACUGGGCUCUGUUUGAUGGGCAUGCUGGGUCGGGAGCGGCAGUGAUGGCCUCUAAACUGCUUCACCAGCAGAUUGUGGACAAGCUGCAGUUAGUUGUGGAGGCCCUGUGCAACCUGGCAUCACCGCCUUCUACCAUUCUGGUAGACGAGCCGAACCAUAACUGCACACCCCGCACCCUCACACGGGCGGCUUCGCUCCGUAAUUCACCCUGCAACAGUUCACCACGCUUCUUCGUCGAGAAGAAGAUUCAGUACGAGAGUCUGGUGAUCGGUGCACUGGAGAACGCCUUUAAAGAUAUGGAUGCUCAGAUCGAGAGGGAGAAAGCUGUGUAUAACAUCUCUGGUGGAUGCACUGCGCUGGCGGCGGUCUUUAUUCUUGGCAAACUGUACAUGGCAAAUGCAGGGGACAGCAGAGCGAUUAUAAUCAGGAAUGGCGAGAUCAUCCCCAUGUCAGCAGAGUUCACCCCUGAAUCAGAAAGACAGAGAUUACAGUUCCUGGGUUUCAUGCAGCCACAUUUAUUAGGUGGAGAGUUUACACACUUGGAGUUUCCUAGGAGGGUCCAGAGAAAGGAAGUGGGCAAAAAGAUGCUCUACCGGGACUACACCAUGACUGGCUGGGCAUAUAAAACCAUUGAGGAUGAGGACCUUCGAUUCCCUUUAAUAUAUGGGGAGGGAAAAAAGGCACGAGUUUUGGCGACCAUCGGCGUGACUCGUGGUCUCGGUGAUCACGACCUCAAAGUCCAUGACUCUAAUAUCUACAUCAAACCAUUUCUGUCCUGCUAUCCAGAGGUGAGAGUGUAUAACCUGACGCAGCAUGAGCACGGAGCUGAUGAUGUGCUGGUGAUGGCCACUGAUGGACUCUGGGACGUUCUCUCUAAUGAAGAAGUAACUGAGUCUGUCACCUCUUUUCUCGCCAACUGUGACCCAGAUGACCUUCACAGGUACACCAUGGCAGCUCAGGAUCUGGUGAUGCGUGCUCGAGGGGUUCUCAGAGACCGUGGCUGGCGGAUAAAGGACGAGCAGCUCGGCUCGGGAGAUGACAUCUCUGUUUACAUCAUUCCUCUAAUGUAUGGUAACCGACAGUCAUAAUGCGAGAGCUGCAAUCCUUAUCACGUUCAUACACACUCAACAUCGACAGGUGUGUUCCUUCAUUCCUGCAUUUCUCUUCAAGCAGUGCAGUAAGGAAUAAAUCAAUACUUAAUUUCCUUGUCAUUCCCUAAUGUACAGUAACCAGUGUUCCUCUUUAUGCUAACAUUAAAUAUUUGUACAGUGUGAUACGUGUCUACAGUACUACAAUAUAGUUUUAUGUUUGUGCUUUACUUGCUAACAAAACGUUUAAGGUACCGAAGUCUUUCUUGCUAAAUGAAGGCAAAUGUUUAUUAUUGUAUGUCGUUACGCAGUAGAACACACGGCUGUAUGAGCAGCGUGCAAUUCUAAUUGUUUUCUAAUCAUUAUUAAUGUCUGUACGUUUCCUUUA